CUCCUUUCCCCCAAAAUUCCUGACCUUAUAUAUACUUCCUCAUACCUCUUCUCCAAAAACCAUCCCAUUCUCCAUUUGAAGUCUUCAACGUUUUUCCCUUUCAACAUAUAAAAAAGAGACACCCCCAUUAUCAUAUGUCUAACAGAUCUCACGUUCCUCACUAUUCUUCUAUAGCUUUCGGCCUCCAUUCCCAUCUCCUUGUUUCCAGUGAGAUGAACUCUUCCUCUAAUUGGUCUCAAUAAUAACAAAAUAUCAUCUAUCUAUUUAUCUUUCCUCUUUCUCUCUCCUAAUUUUCAAAUUCAUUCAUUCUUUAAUUUCCAUUAACCAAAUCAAAAAAUGGGAGUUAAAGGUUUUGUAGAAGGCGGAAUCGCAUCCAUCAUAGCCGGUUGUUCAACCCACCCUCUCGAUCUUAUUAAAGUUCGUAUGCAACUCCAAGGAGAACCCACCACCACCGCCACCAACCUCCGCCCUGCCCUAGCUUUCCAUCCCUCUUCCGGGACCCACACAAUCUCUCUCCCCACAUCGGCACCAGCCCCACCUCGUGUGGGUCCAGUUGGUGUAGGAGUCCGUAUCAUCCAACAAGAAGGUGUCGCCGCUUUAUUCUCCGGCGUUUCCGCCACCGUCCUCCGUCAAACCCUCUACUCCACCACCCGUAUGGGCCUUUACGACAUCCUUAAACGCAAAUGGGCCGACCCAAACACCGGCUCUCUCCCAUUGGGCCGUAAGAUUGCCGCCGGAUUAGUCGCCGGAGGAAUCGGAGCUGCUGUCGGAAACCCAGCUGACGUGGCGAUGGUACGCAUGCAAGCUGAUGGAAGACUCCCUAUUUCUCAACGAAGAAACUACAAGAGUGUAUUAGAUGCCAUUCAAAGGAUGUGUAAAGAUGAAGGAAUUGUUUCUCUGUGGCGCGGGUCUAGUCUUACGGUGAACCGUGCUAUGUUGGUCACUGCAUCACAGCUGGCGUCGUAUGAUCAGAUCAAGGAAUCAAUCUUAGAUCGUGGGGUGAUGAAAGACGGUCUUGGGACCCAUGUAACGGCUAGUUUUGCGGCGGGGUUUGUGGCGGCGGUGGUUUCUAACCCUGUUGAUGUGAUUAAAACAAGGGUUAUGAAUAUGAAGGUGGGUAAUGGUGAAACGGCGCCGUAUAAUGGGGCUCUUGAUUGUGCACUUAAGACCGUUAGAUCUGAGGGGCCCAUGGCACUUUAUAAAGGGUUUAUUCCUACGAUUUCUAGGCAGGGUCCUUUUACUGUGGUGCUCUUUGUUACACUGGAACAAGUCCGGAAAAUCCUCAAGGAUUUUUGAUUUUCCGUUUAAGUUUGAUGAUGACGAAUAUGAUUUUAUAAAAAUAUUUAAAAAAUUGGGUUGGAGUAUUAUUUAGGGUUUGUUACUAAUGUUUUGGGGAUUCCAUGAACCUAGGAAGUUAGGUUUUGAUAGCUGUCUGAUAUGUUGGGUAUUUUUUAUUUUGCAUUGAGCGUGUUGUAAUAUUCGUUGCAUUCAUUCACGAGGUGUGUCAACGAGUAUUUUAGAUUUUUAGUUGGAGUUGAUGAUUAAAAAUUUAUAAUAGUAUGAAUACUAAUAUUACGCAUUGUGUUUUCUAA